UACGCGAAUCCUACGGCAAGGAUGCAACGUGCGCGUGGCAUCUCAAACGAUUCCUAGACUACUAGAGGCACAAGAGCCACAGAAAUAGCACCAGGAGCAGCAGGAGAGGCAGUGGCAAGAGCAGUGGCAGACACUCUUACAUUGUGCCACAUUUAAAAAUGAAGUAAAGAGUGAGACGAACAAAACGAAGCGAAACGUAACGAAACGGAAACGGGCACGGGUACGGGAACGGAGGCGCGACGAAUGCAAGGGCCAAGAGCCGUUUAAUAACUAAAUCCCUUGGAGGCACCGCUGGUCACGUCUCUGGGCAAGCAAGCAGGCGGGCAGGCAGGCAGACGGAUACACAAAAUGAGACUUCGAGCCCUUCUCCUGCUCCUGCGGCCACCGUCCUCCUCCUCCUUGUUCGCGUGUGUGCGUCAGUGAGACCUCUACAUGUACGUGUACGUGUUCGUGUACGUUGAAGUGUGUGUGGCAGUGUGUGUGUCCUACAGGGCUGGCUUUGCCACCUAAUGUGGCAACAACAUAUAUACGAGUACACAUCACAUCCCACAUUCCACAUCGGUGGGAAUAUAAUAAUACGAAAGUCCUCGUCCUCGUCCUCGUCCUUGUCGCUGUCGCCGCCAUCGUCGCUGUCGCUGUCGUUGUCGGUUGUGCUAUCGGUGCGUGUCCAUGUCCAUGUCCCUACCACAUUAUGUGGCUGCCACAUAGCUGUGAGUUCCUGUCCCUGUCCCUGUGUGACUGCUAAACGGAAAUAUUUCCCACGGACAGACUCAAAAUAAAUCCCAAAAACAAACCAAAAGAAAAGAAAAGAAACGGAAACAAAGGACUCCGAUUGUUGCAUCGUUUUGAUUUGAUUGGUUGAUUGACGGUUUCGGUUUGACUGAUUGAAGGCAACAGUUGUUGAGGCGGCAAUGCUUGGGCCGCGCUGCCCGUCCUCGUCGAUCCGUGAAUUCCUUGCCUUUGGCUAAUUAUGGCGCAUUGCGCAAUCAAUUCGAUUGUUGGCUGAAAACAUAAAGAAAUAAGCGAAACUCAACAAGAAAGGAGCCCCCAAAGGGAGACACAGGACUGCAGGCAGAACUUCCCAACAGGCAGGACUCGCUGAAGGACCCCCCAUGAUGAUGACGUUGAUGUCAUUUGGAAGUCAUUUCGAGAAAAGAAGCCAUUAUUAAACCUUAAAAUCGUAAAACAGAAACGAAGGAGGAAUACCAUCCGCAGUGGGAAUCCAUCAACAAGAGAAGAGAAACGUGAAAUAUGUCGCAGAAGGAGUACCAGAGACCGUUGAAAGGCUCGGGCACGGGCACUGCCAUGGGCAUAUCCUGUGUGCCGCUGUGGCUGUGGCAGCUGGUGCUGCUCCUCCUCUUGGACUGCGGAGGCAUGGCGGUAUUCGGCGAGGUGCCGCCGCACUACUGGGAGACGCCGUACUCACAGCCAUAUUUUGACAACUCCUCGAGGCGCGAGGUCACCGCCACCGUGGGGCAGGCGGCGCUCCUCCAUUGUCGCGUUCGCAAUCUGGGCGAUCGAGCGGUCUCUUGGAUACGCAAGCGGGACUUGCACAUCCUCACUGUGGGAAUUCUAACGUACACGAAUGACCAGCGCUUCCAGUCGCUGCACUCCGAGGGAUCCGAUGAGUGGACACUGCGCAUUUCAUCGCCACAGCCAAGGGACUCGGGCACAUACGAGUGCCAGGUGUCCACAGAGCCAAAGAUCAGCCAGGGCUUUCGCCUGAAUGUCGUGGUAUCGCGGGCCAAGAUUCUGGGCAACGCGGAACUGUUCAUCAAGAGCGGCAGCGACAUCAAUCUCACGUGCCUCGCAAUGCAGUCGCCAGUGCCCCCGUCGUUCAUCUACUGGUACAAGGGCAAGCGGGUGAUGAAUUACUCGCAACGCGGUGGCAUUAACGUCAUCACAGAGCGCUCGACGCGCACCAGCAAGCUGCUCAUCGCCAAGGCGACACCUGCUGACUCUGGGAACUACACCUGCUCUCCGAGCAGCUCAGACUCUGCCUCGGUGAUGGUGCACGUCAUCAACGGAGAGCAUCCGGCAGCCAUGCAACAUGGCAACAGCAGCGCCAGCUGCCUCCUGCGCCGCCUCCGCCUCCGCCACACAUCAGCAGUGCCUUUGCAUGUGCCACUGGUCGCCAUCGCCACGACAAUGUGGUUGUUAGCGGCGGCCGUCAGCUGCAACUGGAGCAACAUUGCCGCAGGCCUCCUGAAUGUCUGCAGUUGGAGCUGAUGCAACAGCGCCAGAGGAAGCAGAAGCAACAUCCAGAGCAGAAGCUGCCACUUGACUGCAUCUCCUCCUCCUCCUCCUGCUUCAGCUCCUUCUGCUCCUGCUGCUCCUUAAGGAAUGCAUUUAAUGCGGAGAGCCAGAGGACACGCAGCAGAGGAGGCGUUUAUUACGAACUAAAGUGUAUAUACAGUGUGUCCUUUAAACGAAAAGUAUUAUCUAUAAGACAUGCAUAUAUGUAUAGGGUACACAUCCCAUCCAUCCCUGUUGCAAGAUGCAGAAGCAGAAGCAGAAGCACAGAAGCACGGGUGGCAGUAUUACGAUGGAACUUUUAACCAGGAAAACAGAGGAAAAGAGAUAAAAGUCCUCUAACAACAGCACGCACUGUAGAGGUGCCUGCUGCGAGGAAGAUACUCUUAAUAAAGGAAAGAAGACUCCUCCCACAGCAUGUGCCUCCCAUAGAAACCCCAUCCUAAAACAACUUUCAAGGUUUUUAUAUUUCUUGCAAUUAAAAAUGUAAAAUGAAAGACGCAGGAAUGCGUCCGAUUGUGCCUCGACAGAAAAAGAAAAAGAAAAAGAAAAAGGUUGUCCUGCUUUUAGAUAAAUGUCUGGAUUCCAGAUCACAAAUACCUGCAGUUUAGGCUUCAAAUUCAAACUCUUAAAAGUCCUUUCUUCAUUCCUUGAGAUUUCUUUAUGAAAGAUUGACUUAACUUUUGAAUUCACCCAAAUUGUAUGCCUCAUCCCCACGCAGCACACUCUAAAUGAAAAAACAAAAAGGUGGACAAGUUAUAUAGAUGAUUAUUCGGUGUAUUUUACGGAUAGGAUUUUUAUCUGGUUGUCAACCGCAAAAGAAAAA